GGCGGCCGGGACUAGGGUGCUUUGUUGGAGCACUUGGCCAGCAUCAGGGCCGAUUCGGGACGUCCGUCGGUCCGGAGAGAACCUCCAGAUCCCGGCUCCAUUAUGGGGCUGGCCCCACCGAGGCUGCUGCUGGGGCUCUUCCUCCCCGCGCUCUGGAGAGGAGCUAUGGCUGAGGUAGGGGGAGAAACCAAGCCCAACCAACCACUCCUGAGACCUGUCCCACGGAGCCUGCCAGCUGACCACAGGCCGUUUUCCUUUCUUCACUCCAAUGGAUAUCAGCCUACCUUGAUGUCAUCAGUCCAGAUUGGAAGACCACACCCAGGACACACAGUUGUUCCCCAGGUGACCUCUGCUGCAUCAAAGCUCCUACCGCCUCUUGCAUUUAAUCACACAGUUGGACACAUAAUACUUUCUGAACAUAAAGGCGUCAAAUUUAAUUGUUCAAUCAACGUACCUAAUAUGUACCAGGAACCCACUGGUAUUAUUUGGUGGAAAGAUGGGAAGGAACUGCUGGGAGCGCAUCAUUCAAUUACACAGUUCUAUCCUGAUGAUGAAGGGACAUCAAUAAUUUCAUCCUUUAGCAUAAGCAGUGUGCAGCGCUCAGACAAUGGUUCAUACAUCUGUAAGACGAAAGUGAACAAUGAGGAGAUCGUGUCUGACCCCAUCUAUGUUGAAGUACAAGGACUCCCUCACUUUACUAAGCAGCCCGAGAGCAUGAACGUUACCAGGAACACAGCCUUCAACCUCACCUGUCAGGCCGUGGGUCCACCUGAGCCCGUCAACAUCUUCUGGAUUCAAAACAGCAGCCGUGUUAAUGAAAAGCCCAAAAAGUCCCCCUCCAUUCUAACUGUUCCUGGUCUGACAGAGAUGGCGGUCUUCAGCUGUGAGGCCCACAAUGACAAAGGGCUCACUGUGUCCAAGGGCGUGCAGAUCAACAUCAAAGCAAUUCCCUCCCCACCAACUGAAGUCCGCAUCUGCAACAGUACAGCACACAGUAUUCUGAUCUCCUGGAUCCCAGGUUUUGAUGGAUACACGCCACUCAGGAAUUGCAGCAUUCAGGUCAAGGAAGUUGACCCACUGAGUAAUGGCUCAGUCAUGGUUUUUAACACCUCUGCUUCACCACAUCUGUAUCAAAUCGAGCAGCUGCAUGCCCUGGCUAAUUACAGCAUUGGCGUGUCCUGUGUGAAUGAAAUAGGCUGGUCUGCAGUGAGCCCUUGGAUUCUGGCCAGCACAACUGAAGGAGCUCCAUCAGUAGCACCUUUAAACGUCACCGUGUUUCUGAAUGAAUCAAGUAAUAAUGUGGACAUCAGAUGGAUGAAGCCUCCAAUCAAGAGGCAGUAUGGGGAACUGGUGGGCUACCAGAUAUCUCAUGUGUGGCAGAGUGCAGGGACUUCCAAAGAGCUCUCUGAAGAAGUUGGCCAGAAUGGCAGCCAGACUCAGAUUUCUGUUCAAGUCUACAAUGCCACAUGCACAGUGAGGAUUGCAGCCGUCACUAAAGGGGGAGUCGGGCCUUUCAGUGAGCCAGUGAAAAUAUUUAUCCCUGCACACGGCGGGGUAGAUCUUGCGCCCUCGUCCACUCCAGCACCUGGCAACACAGAGCCUGUUCUUAUCAUCCUUGGCUGCUUUUGUGGAAUUGUUCUGGUUGCCUUGGCUUUCUAUAUUUCUCUGGCCAUCAGGAAAAGAGUCCAGGAGACAAAGUUUGGGAGUGCAUUCACAGAGGAAGACUCUGAAUUAGUUGUAAAUUAUAUAGCAAAGAAGUCCUUCUGUCGGCGAGCCAUUGAACUCACCUUGCAUAGCUUGGGAGUCAGUGAGGAACUGAAAAAUAAACUAGAAGAUGUUGUGAUUGACAGGAAUCUUCUAAUUCUUGGUAAAAUUCUGGGUGAAGGAGAGUUUGGGUCUGUAAUGGAAGGAAAUCUGAAGCAGGAAGAUGGGACCUCUCAGAAAGUGGCAGUGAAGACCAUGAAGUUGGACAACUUUUCUCAGCGGGAGAUCGAGGAGUUUCUCAGUGAGGCGGCGUGCAUGAAAGACUUCAGCCACCCAAACGUCAUCCGACUUCUAGGCGUGUGUAUAGAACUGAGCUCUCAAGGCAUCCCGAAGCCCAUGGUGGUUUUACCCUUCAUGAAGUAUGGGGACUUGCAUACUUACUUACUGUAUUCCCGCUUGGAGACAGGACCAAAGCAUAUUCCUCUGCAGACCCUGCUGAAGUUCAUGGUGGACAUUGCCCUGGGAAUGGAAUAUCUGAGCAACAGGAAUUUUCUUCAUCGGGAUUUAGCUGCUCGAAACUGCAUGUUGCGAGAUGACAUGACUGUCUGUGUGGCAGAUUUUGGCCUCUCUAAGAAGAUUUACAGUGGUGAUUACUACCGCCAAGGCCGCAUUGCUAAGAUGCCUGUGAAGUGGAUUGCCAUAGAGAGCCUUGCAGACCGAGUCUACACAAGUAAAAGUGACGUGGUGUGUAUGCAGCUUUGA